UUGACCAUACGCACGGAACCUGCGCUACUGCCGUUGCACCACCACCGCUACGUUCAACACCCCCGCCCAGUACCGAGAUUUAAGCGAUUGUUUAGUGAACUGGCAGUCUGUCACGUAACUACAAAAAAAACAUCGAAGUUGUCUUCAAAGUGCCUGCUCAUAGACUCAAGUAUGUCAGGGGGAAUCUCUGCUAGCAUAGCCACCAGCAGGCUGCGAGCCGAGGGAAUGGGCUCCAACGAUCACGCCGUCCCCUUCCUUAACCAGGACUAUGAGGCUUUGAGGCAGGAGUGUCUGGAGACGGGGUGUCUGUUUGAGGACCCAUCCUUCCUAGCCAAGGCUCCCUCUCUGGGCUUCAAAGAACUGGCCCCCUUCUCCGCCAAGACCAGGGACGUGGAAUGGAUGAGACCCACGGAGCUGACAGAUGACCCUCAAUUCAUCCUGGGAGGAGCUACCAGAACAGACAUCUGCCAGGGAGCUCUAGGUGAUUGCUGGCUCCUAGCAGCCAUAGCCUCUCUAACCCUCAAUGAGAGGCUGCUCCACCGAGUGGUCCCUCAUGGUCAGUCCUUCCAAGAGGACUACGCUGGGAUCUUCCACUUUCAGUUCUGGCAGUUUGGUGAGUGGGUGGACGUGGUGAUUGAUGACCGGCUGCCAACGAAGGAUGGAGAGCUCAUGUUCGUUCACUCAGCCGAGGGCAAUGAGUUCUGGAGCGCCCUGCUGGAGAAGGCCUACGCCAAGCUGAAUGGUUCAUACGAGGCUCUGUCUGGAGGCAGCACCACAGAAGGGUUUGAGGACUUCACCGGUGGUGUGUCUGAGAUGUACGAGCUCCGUAAGGCACCACGGGACCUGUACAGGAUCAUCAGCAAAGCCCUGGACAGAGGCUCCUUGCUGGGCUGCUCCAUCGACAUCACCAGUGCCUUUGACAUGGAGUCUGUGACGUUCAAGAAGCUGGUGAAAGGUCAUGCUUACUCAGUCACCGGCCUGAAGAAGGUAGAUUACCAGGGUCAGACGGAGAGAUUGAUCAGGGUGAGGAACCCCUGGGGACAGGUGGAGUGGACCGGCGCCUGGAGUGACAAUUCUCCUGAGUGGGAUGAGUUGGACCCAUCUGAGAGAGAGGACCUGCAUCUAAAGAUGGAGGACGGAGAGUUCUGGAUGUCGUUCCAGGAGUUCCUGAGGCAGUUUUCCCGUCUGGAGAUCUGUAACCUGACGGCGGACGCUCUGAGUGAGGACGGCCUCAGCCACUGGAACACCAUCAAGUUCCACGGCAUGUGGAGACGGGGGAGUACCGCCGGGGGCUGCCGUAACCACCCCAACACGUUCUGGAUCAACCCCCAGUAUAAGAUAACUCUGCUGGAGGAGGAUGACGACCCUGAGGAUGACGAGGUGGCCUGCAGCUUCCUGGUGGCUCUGAUGCAGAAGGACAGGAGGAGGUACCGGAAACAAGGGCAGGACAUGCACACCAUCGGGUUCGCCAUCUACGAGAUUCCAGAAGAGUACAGGGGCUGUCAGAAUGUGCACCUAAAGAAAGACUUCUUCCUGACCCACUCCUCCUGCGCUCGCUCUGAAACCUUUAUCAACCUGAGAGAGGUCAGCAACCGUCUCAGUCUGCCUCCGGGAGAAUACCUCAUUGUCCCCUCCACUUUUGAGUCUGGCCAGGAGGCCGACUUUGUCCUGCGAGUCUUCACUGAGAAACAGUCAGAGACAGAAGAGCUAGACGAUGAAAUCUCAGCAGACCUGGAAGAUGAGGAUGACAUCAGUGAAGAUGACAUCGACGACUCAUUCAAAUCCAUGUUUGCUCAGCUUGCAGGAGAGGACAUGGAGAUUUCUGUCCGCGAGCUUAGGACCAUCCUGAACAGAGUAGUGACUAGACACAAAGACCUGAAGACAGACGGCUUCAGUAUUGAGUCCUGUAGGACCAUGGUCAACCUUAUGGAUAAGGAUGGCACUGCCCGUCUUGGCCUGGUAGAGUUCCAGAUCCUCUGGAAUAAGAUCAGGAAGUGGCUGGUCAUCUAUAGAGAAUAUGACAUGGACAAGUCCGGGUCCAUGAGCUCCUAUGAGAUGCGACUUGCUGUGGAGUCUGCAGGUUUUAAACUGAACAACAGACUGAAUCAGGUCCUAGUGGCUCGCUACGCUGAGAACGAGGCCAUAGACUUUGACAACUUCAUCUGCUGUCUGGUCAAACUGGAAGCCAUGUUUAGAUAUUUCCAGCAGCUGGACAAAGAGAGUGAAGGAGUGGCUGAGAUGAACAUCACUGAGUGGCUGUAUAUGACCAUGUGUGGUUGAAGAGGACCAGUGUUCUCCCAGGAGAGGGACAGACCGAACAGCCGGCGUGCCUCUUCACUGGGGUCAUAUAGACCUACUGUAGCCUCUUCCCUGGAACCAUGAAGACCUUCCUAGCCAAUAUCUUCCUCUGCCUGAUCUCAACUAUAGGGCUGCCCUGUACUGUGCUGACUCAGAUAUUUUAUUUCCACAUUGUCCUUUCCAUCACGGUUCCAGCUACUAUGGUGAAUGCCCAACCAGCCCAGGUCAGCCCAGGUCAGCCCAGGUCAGCCCAGUUCAGCCCAGUUCAGCCCAGUUCAG